CGCUAUUCAAAUUAGCUAUGAGUUAAGAAAACAUAGAAUAUCAUUGCAACGACAUUUAAAAUUUUAAACUUUGACAUUGCAAUUUUGGUUCGUCCAUUAUGUUAAUUUUUCUGUCAUCGGCCAAAUUAAGGAAUUAUCUCAUGAAGGCUACUUUAAUACUAUCAACGCUCCUUUUGACGAUGCAGGAAAUGAGUCAUUCGAAAUACUUGACACCCAUUAAUCGGAUACUCCAGGACGUCCUUCACUCGGCGAAAGCUUUGGACGUGCAGUUUAUUAUUCAGGAUCUUAUUGAGAGUAAAUGCGAGAUCGUCGACGAGAUAUAUAGAUCAGUGUCACGAACGGUGCCCACGAGUUGCAUUUCGUUCAACGAGUCAAUUCCCACGAAAUUGCCGGCCUUUCGUGCUUACGAUUCGACGCUAAUCGUGUACGUUUACGUCUCGAAAAGUUCACCAGAUCGUCGUGCAGUAGAAGACAUCAUACGCGUCAUAGUGUACGACGACACUCGGCCAAGAGUUUUGCUGAUAGCCAUACCGGUAGAGCAGAACAACAAUUUCGAGCUACUGCUGAAGCAAAUGUGGCAGAAUAAAAUCCUUCAUGCGAUUAUUUUGGAACUAUCGGAAUCCAAUGGACAAAUGACUGGGAUGAGGAUUCACCAGUACGAUCCAUUCAGAAAUAUCUACGAGCUGCAGACGUAUACACCGAACAUCCAAUGGUUUCCUGACAAAUUAAUGAAUUUCCAUGGUUAUCCAGUCACGGUGCUUGUGACCAAUCGAUUAGGCUACAUGAAUGUGACGACAAAUUCUAAAGGGUAUCUCGUUUCAAUGUCAGACAUAGACGCAGAUGUAUUACAAACGCUCGCUGAAUCCUUAAAUUUCACCAUCGUUGCACGCUACAUUGAAAGAAAAACCAGUAGUAUCCGAGCUGUUAUAGAGGAUGGGUCAACAGAGAUGCUAAUGACGACGUUUCCUAUAAUAGGCAUUCACGAAAGUCGAAAAAUGAAGUUUACUUUGCCGAUCAGCUUCGAAAAUUGGUGUCCGCUGGCACCGAUCAUCCGCAAGUAUGAUCAAUACGUAUCGCGAGCCUUCAUUGGGAUCGCUUUUAAUUACAUUAUCGUUAUACUAGUCUGGUUCGCCUCGAUUAUUCUGAAAUUUAAUUCGAGACAGUGGAAUCCAUUGAACAUCUUUGGCCUGAUAAUCUCCGCUUCCGUACUGAUAAAGCCAAAAAGUAUCACGGAAAGAAUCAUUUUUUUUAUUAUCAUAGUGAUUUCAUCCAUCUACUCGUCGCAUUUAUACAGGGAUGUGACCUCCGCGAGUUUACGUGUCACGGACGAGAUCGAGUACACGAGUUUCGAUGAAUUGUAUGAUUCUGGAUUGAUUCCCGUCGUUAAAACUACAUUAUUCAAUGACACAUUCGAUGUUGACGACGAAUCGUUCGUAAGAUUGAAGGAAAAGGCGAUAGACAUGCCGUCGUCAAUAGAAUGUACCAAGUACUUGGUAAAGUACAGGAACGUUACUUGUUUUACGGAGUGGAAACACGCGAAAAUAAUGAUUAAUAAGCACAUCCGUAAUGGCGAGCCAAUUAUGAAGAUAUGCAAGAACCUUUGUUACAGGAGCCCACCGUCUGCGUACUAUUUCUUUAAACAUUCACCGUAUGUUAAUCGCGUGACAGACGUUAUACUGCGCGUGAAAGAGACAGGUAUUCAUGAAAUAUGGUACAAUUACAAUUUCCGCAAGGUGGUAUCGAAAAAGAGACAUUUAAUGGAUAUUAAAAAUACUCAGAAACACUCGCUUAUCUUUAAUAUUAUUUAUAUUACCGGCUGGGGAUACUUAAUCUCGAUAUUGGUAUUUUUUCUUGAAUUAAUCGUGCGUUUCUAUAAAAAAUAACGUUACGUUGAAAUGUCGGCACGUGAAUAU